CGAGGGGCCAGUGGUGCGAGUUGCCUCGACCGAAACAGUAGGCGGCUGCUGCAUUCACCAUGCCUACUCCAAGGCAUCGGUACACUUUGGUCGGUUUUUCUGAUGAGUUGGACUGGAGAGCCUUGGACUUCGUGGAACCAAUUCCACCAAACAGAAUAUGUACAGCGUGUGGCCUAGUAACCAGAGUGACCGCUUUUCUGCCUUGCCUGCACGUUUUCUGCAAGAAGUGCUACGAACAGUGCUGCCAUGAUGACGGGCACUGCUGCCCUCUCGACAACCAUCUAGUCGUGGAAGAAGACGUCGAAUGGAGGGAGUUUCCUGUGAUGAACCUGCUCAAACGGAAGGUUAAAUGCUGGAACGAAGACCGUGGUUGCAACAUAGUACUGCCUGCAUCAGAGCUCAGCCAGCACUUUUGCAAAGACUGUGACCACCACUCAAUUUGCUGCCCGAGAUGUUCGAUUGUCGUGCACUGUAGUAGUGUGUUCGCGCACAUGCAGAGCGAGUGCAGGGAUCACGUGAUGUCUGUGGCGUCUGGCAAUCCGCAAACAAAGACCACUGGCGAAAAAGCAUUGAUGAUGGCUUUGAAUGCAGACAUAGGUGAAAUGAAAGUGAGGCUAGACCAGCUUACGCAGGAAAAUAACGUCCAAAGCAACCACCUUAAUGAUAUUUCAAAUUGCAUGAUUACCAUGAAAGAAGCACUGCUAGAAAUAUCCGGCAGAAUUAAUAUCAGCGUUGCAUCCUCUUCAGAAGCAAUCCAGGAAACUCUGAAUGACCACGGUGAAAGGUUGCAGCAGCUUGCAGGCACAAUAAUGAAUUCACAGGAAACAUUUAAAAAUGCUUUGGAAGACACGAAGCGAAGUGUCGAGCAAGUGCAAGAAAAUACAAGAGACACGUUGAAAGCAGAUUUUAGGGAGCUCUUCAGUGAUGAGAUGAAUGCGCUAAAGAAAACCCUUCAAAAAGAGUUGGAGUGUGCCACGAGGACAAUCUGCAGCGACUGCGCAGAAACUGUUUCAAGGAUAGUUGGAGAAAAGGUCAGCGAGAAGCAAAUCAAUUCAAGUGCAAUAAAUACCGAAAAAAUACUCGCUUUAAACACAAUCCAUGUCAAGCGACAUGAAUUCGUCGUUGAAGGAUUCAAAGCAAUCAAGGAGAGGGCCUUUUCGACAGGAGAUAGUAUUUAUGAGAACAAAAAAGUGUACAUCGCUGGCUAUUACUUGUGGCCAGGCUUACAUUUUAAGAAAGUCGGACAGCACGUUUACCUGCAUCCUCGCAUUCAGCUGCACAAGGGAAUGAUCGACGACGUUCUUCAAUGGCCGUUCAAAGAAAAGGUUCGCUUGACCAUUAAACACCCAUCACAAAACAAAGAUUGCACCAAGGAGGUUAUCCCUCGAUACCAUCCCGAGUACUAUGCAAGACCCGAUAAAGCAAGUAAUGCAGGGGCAUACCUCAAGGGCGUUUCAUUUUGCUUGGACUAUCUGGAACGUGAAGAAUACGUCGCAGAUGACAAGCUUCGGGUAGUGUGGGAGCUCGUUCCGGAAAACUGAGCCGCAUAAAACAUACAUGGAAAUUAUUAUUUCUAAUAACUUUGCAUCCUUCUGAGUGAACUGUAUGCAUUGUACUGUGCACACAUAGUCCUCUAUACGAUUACUUUAUUUAUGCAUAACGCAGCUUCUUGACCGAUCCACCUCGCUCUUCAAACGGCUUUUGUUAAGAUGAUUGUAGCUUGUAAUAAACCAUUAAAAUGCUGUUGUGUCAUUAUCAUGAUUCCA